CGCACGGCGGUUACAAAGGCCGGCUGCCAGGUGCGAAUUGUUGAAGUUGGUCCACGGGAUGGACUCCAGAACGAGCCGAAACUGCUUCCGGCAUCCACGAAAAUCGAGCUAAUCAAUCAAUUGUCCGAGACAGGACUACAGACCAUUGAGGCCACAAGUUUCGUGAGCUCCAAAUGGGUUCCACAGAUGGGCGAUAAUGCGGAGGUGCUUAAAGGAAUCAAAAAGGUGCCAGGUAUCAGCUAUCCAGUGCUUACACCCAAUCUAAAGGGAUUCGAGAGCGCCUUGGAAGCGGGAGCCGAAGAGGUGGCAGUCUUUGGAGCCGCAUCCGAUGCGUUUUCACUUAAAAACGUUAAUUGCACAGCUGCUGAAGCCAUCGAACGUUUCAAGCCUGUUCUGAGGGCAGCCGAAAAGCAUGGAGUGCGCGUGCGAGGAUAUGUAUCUACUGUGGUAGGCUGCCCUUAUGAGGGAGCAGUUGCGCCGUGUGCCGUGGUCAAAGUUGUAGAAGCCUUGCAUCAAAUGGGCUGCUAUGAGAUUUCCUUGGGCGACACUAUCGGCGUGGGAACUCCGGGCACUAUACGUCGAAUGUUGGAUGAGGUGACCAAGGCCGUACCGGCUAAUAAUUUGGCUGUUCACUUUCAUGACACUUACGGCCAGGCGCUGAGCAACAUACUGGCCUCUCUCGACUACGACAUUCGAGUAGUGGAUUCCUCGGUAUCUGGCUUGGGCGGAUGCCCUUAUGCUAAAGGAGCUUCUGGCAACGCAGCCUCUGAGGAUGUCGUCUACUUGCUGCAUGGCAUGGGACUUAACACGGGCGUUAAUCUGGACAAACUCAUUCAAGUGGGCCGCUAUAUUUGCACCGAACUGGGCAGGCCCUCCGAGUCUAAGGUCAAUCGCGCCUGGAAAGGUCUUCAGCCACGAACCUAGAGUUCCUGAUAUCUUUACACAACGAAAACGAAGGCAUUUACUAGCACUAAUUAUACAAUACAUUUAUUAUUAUUGUUGCAAUAUAAACCCUA